CUGGUUGCCUGCUUGUGACUGAACCCACCCGCCAAGAUGCCUGCUGUGUCGACCGGGGUCAAGGAGCUGUAUCUGUCCUCGUCUCUGGGAGACCUGAACAAGAAGGCUGAGAUCAGGCCAGACAAGACGAGCACCAGGAGCUAUGUUCAGAGCGCCUGCAAAAUCUUCAAGGCGGCAGAGGAGUUCCGUCUGGACAGAGAUGAGGAGAAAGCUUACGUGCUCUACAUGAAGUAUUUAACAGUGUAUGAAAUAAUCAAGAAAAGACCAGACUUCAAGGAGCAACCGGACUAUUUCAUGACCAUCCUCGGGCCAAACAGCUUCAAGAAAGCCAUCGUAGAAGCGGAGAAGCUUUCUGAUAGCCUUAAACUCAGGUAUGAGGAGGUUGAGGUUCGUAAAAAACUUGAGGAGAAGGACAGACAAGAGGAAAAGAAAAGACGGGAGGAAAUAACAGAAAAAGAUGGCGGUCGAGUCUCUCCAAAAGUAUCAUCAACAACCAACAUGAAGGACAGCAAAAAGGUAAAAGGAGAGCAGAAUGAACUGAAGACUGCAACCACAAAGGCUGCGUCACCAGCUGGUGGUAUCACAGCUGAGAAACUUUUCCACAUGAUGAAGGACCAGACGAUUACAAUAAUAGUCAUGGACGCCCGCAGCCACCGGAGCUUUGAGGAGUCCCACAUUCAGGUGCCAGCCCAGACCUGCAUCAGCGUGCCCGAGGAGGCCAUCAGCCCAGGAAUCACUGUGAAUCAGAUCGAGAUAAAGUUACCGGAGGUGUCCAAAGAGCAAUGGAAGCGGCGGGGAGUUGUGGAUUAUAUAGUCCUGCUGGAUUGGUUCAGCUCUGUCACUGACCUUGCACUGGGCACCACCUUGCAGAGCCUCAAAGAUGCAGUCUUUAAGUGGGACAGCAUCACUAUCCUGCGUAGUGAGCCGCUGGUGCUGGAGGGGGGCUACGAGAACUGGCUGCUGUUUUACCCCAUGUACACAACCAACGCCAAAGUUCGGCCUCCUAGACAGAAUAUCAUCAGCACCCUCCCCCAGUUGAACUUCAGCUACCCGUCCCUAAUCGAACCAAGGCCUCCGACCCCGACUCAACAAGAGCCAGAAGUCACGCCCAAGCCUCAGGAAACCUUGGAUCCCGUGCUGGCGAACGGGGUAACACCAGCGGACCCCCCCACAUCUGAAACUUCCAUGGUUACUGACAGUUUGCAAGAAGACACUGUCGAUCUCCCCGUCAAAGUGUCCACAAGUUCUGCUCUGGACCUUAGUAAGAAGGGCUCUGCAGCAGCCCCAUCCAGCCAGUCACCUGCAACAGCCAAGGCCUUUCCACAGUUUGACCGUGCCAAGAAACCCUCCAUCCGUGUGUCAGAUGAGCCUAAGCCUAGCCAGAAUGGUUCAGCGAAGGACUCCAACCCGUUUGUCCCCGACCGCACAGCCAAGCCAUCCUUCGUGCCCAACACGUCUUUGUCUAAGGAGGAACAAAGUCGGAUACACUCGGAGGCAGUGGCGGGGAUCGAAAAGGCUAAGCAAGAGCAGGAGAAACGAAUCCAGGAGAGGCGGGAGAAGGAACAGAAAGAGAAGGAGCUGAAAGAAAGGCAAACAGGAGAGGAAAGUGAGAAGAGAAAGAAGGAAGAUGAGGAGUUAAAACAUCAGGACAAGAAGAAACUGGAAAGGCAGAAGGCAGAAGAAGUGGAAGACAAAGAGAACAGGCCGUCGGAGGAGAAAAGGAGGAGGGGAAAGGAGCAAAGCUCUGACGCACCUUCCAAGAGUAUGUCUCUGGAUUCACCUGCUCCUAACCCUAACCAUAUUGUUAGUGAGAUUAAGAGGGAGCCCCUGACUAGAGCCAGGAGCGAGGAGAUGGGUCGGAGUGUACCAGGCCUUCCAGACGGUUGGAUGAAGUUCCUCGACACAGUGACAGGCACGUACCGAUACUACCACUCUCCGACCAACCGUGUGCACCUGUACCCUCCCGAGGUCCCUGUUCCACAGACCCCACCCUCCACUCCGCCGACUGUUAAACAGAAACCGUCGCGACCAGCUGAACCGGAUGCCAACUGCGAACAAGAGCGCGAGCAGUCUAAACUGAAGCGCUCCUACUCCUCCCCUGACAUCAGCCAGGACCUCAGAGAGGAGGCCCAGAAGAAGGCCGCCGCCCCGACCACGGCUGCGGUCAUACCCACCAUCAACAGAGAAACCAAACCCGCCAAUGCCAAAGUCUAUUCUAAAGUGGAGAAUGUGCGGCCCUCUGCCGCCAAAAUUCGCAACCUGAAUCCCACAUUUGGAGGUCUGGGGCAAUCACUGACUGGCCUUCGUAACCUUGGAAACACAUGCUACAUGAACUCCAUCUUGCAGUGUCUGUGUAACACACCGGCAAUGGCGGAGUACUUCAACAACAAUUGCUACAUGGCGGACAUCAACAGGUACAACAUCCUGGGUCACAAAGGGGAGGUGGCGGAGGAGUUUGGUGUGAUCAUGAAGGCCCUGUGGGCCGGUUUGUACAAGUUCAUCAGUCCGCGGGACUUCAAGGUCACCAUAGGCAAGAUCAACGAGCAGUUCGCCGGCUACGACCAGCAAGACUCCCAGGAGCUGUUGCUGUUCCUCAUGGAUGGGCUCCACGAGGACCUCAACAAGGCAGACAACAGGAAGCGCUACAAGGAAGAGGAGAACGACCACCUGGAUGACCCGAUGGCAGCCGACCUGGCCUGGAGCAAACACAAGCUGCUGAACGAGUCCAUCAUCGUCGCACUGUUCCAGGGCCAAUUCAAGUCCACCGUGCAGUGUCUGACCUGCCAUCGCAAGUCACGGACAUUUGAGACCUUUAUGUACCUGUCGCUGCCUCUGGCCUCCACCAGCAAGUGCUCCCUGCAGGAUUGUCUGAGGCUGUUCUCAAAGGAAGAGAAGCUGACCGACAACAACAAAGUGUUCUGCAGACACUGCAAGGCCCACAGAGAUUCCACCAAGAAACUGGAGAUCUGGAAAGUCCCGCCCAUUCUCCUGGUGCACUUAAAACGAUUCUCCUACGAGGGUAGAUGGAAGCAGAAGCUGCAGACGACUGUUGACUUUCCUCUCGACAGUCUGGACCUCGCCCAGUAUGUCAUUGGACCUAAACAGAACCAGAAGAGAUACGGCCUCUAUGGAGUGUCUAACCACUACGGGGGUUUAGAUGGCGGCCAUUACACAGCGUACUGUAAGAACGCCCUCAAACAGCGCUGGUACAAGUUUGACGACCACGAGGUGUCCGAAAUCUCCACCUCCUCUGUCAAGUCGUCCGCAGCCUACAUCCUGUUUUACUCCACCCUGUGAGGAAGCAGCAGGACACGACGAGGGAACACUGAUGCACCAAAUCAACGAGGCUCGGAGUCUAGAGGUUUUUUUUUUCUCCUUUCUCGUCUUUUGGACCUGGUGCACGUAGUUGCAGGGUUAACUAGUCGUGCGCAGGCACGCAAAGACGUUCUGGAGCGAGGUGGCCACGAAAUCCUGUCUGUCGCAGAUCGGAGCACGGUGCAGAGUUUUUAAAGCUUCAGCUACUAGAGGACACUAUAGCUGUGUAAAGAUGCUGUUUGUUCAUAUAACCGACCAUCUAGAGACUAAACAGAUGCUGCUGACUUCUGUAACUUGGUAGUCGUGUUGUAGGGCCGACAUCUGGCUCAGUAGCUCUUCGCUCUCAUUUCCGUCGCACUCGGUGUGCAUGGCCCAAUUACAGAACUGAUCUUCAGCUUUCUCGUACUGUGUAUCCACCGGGGUAAACCGUUAGGACGCGUGUACACACUUAACAAUGCUGACAUUGCACAUUAAAAACAUGUAAAUACUCAAGGGCAAGGUGAUUAUUUGGUUAAGUGACCAAACUGUUUUUUUUGUUCCUUGAAAGUAGCAACCAUCAUAGUAUCAGCAUAUUCAUAAAGCCAAACCAUUUGUUUUAGGCGUUUAACUCUUUAGUCUUCUGACGCUUAACAUGAUCUUUAAGGUGAUGGAAGAAAGUGUGAUUGUUGAAUUUUGCCUUCUUCCCAAAAUGAGGCGGGGGGAUUGCGAUUGAUGCUUGUUCAUAUUACCCACUUUGUUGAACCUACAAAAUAUCCAAUCAGUUUCAGUUGUUUAAAGGUGACAUAUUAUUCAAAAAUCCCUUUUCAGUGUUGGUGCACAUAAAUGUGUGUAUCUGUGGAGCCUGCCGGCCCACAAACUGUGAAAAAAGACCACCCUGUGGUUUUUUGUGAGCUGGCUUAACCCCACAGCCUGACUCUGAACAACUGGUUCAGAUAUCUC